UUAUCUGACACGUUUUGCGGCGUGCUGGCCCUUUAAAAGAGCCAGUGUUUCCAAGCAGUAGCGGUGGAGCAGCCACAGACCGCAGCGCAUCCUAGGAGCUGACAGCACGGCAGAGCGGCGACCAGCCUCCCGGUUCACAUCACAACAAGCCUCGUCCUUCAGGGGAAUGGGGGGCACCUAGCCCGCUAGCUAACCGACUGCAUUUCCUACAAGCGGAAGGCUCCCGCCGGCGGCCCAGUAACAUGGUAUCGUGGAUUAUUUCGAGGAUAGUUGUCCUUGCCUUUGGGACUCUCUAUCCAGCAUAUUCCUCAUACAAGGCUGUCAAAACAAAGAAUGUGAAGGAAUAUGUGAAGUGGAUGAUGUACUGGAUAGUGUUUGCUUUGUUCACUACAGCAGAGACGGUCACAGACCUGCUCCUGUCGUGGUUUCCAUUUUACUUUGAGCUAAAGAUCGCCUUUGUGAUCUGGCUCCUGUCCCCAUACACGAAGGGCUCCAGUGUCCUCUACCGCAAGUUUGUCCACCCAACCCUGUCCAACAAAGAGAAGGAGAUAGAUGAGUACAUAGCCCAGGCCAAAGACAGGAGUUAUGAGACCAUGAUGAGGUUUGGAAAGAGGGGUCUCAACCUGGCUGCUAAUGCUGCUGUCACUGCAGCCACCAAGGGCCAGGGCGUCCUGUCAGAGAAGCUGCGGAGUUUCAGCAUGCAGGACCUGACUCUCAUCAAUGCAGAGGAUGAGCUGGCUCUGCACACUUCAGAUGUCCGCAUGAGACGGGACCCCAUGGAUGAGCUGAGCUCAGGAGCCAGCACGCUGCCCCGGGCCAAGAGCACUGCUGCACGGCAGACUCGCUCUUCGGCGGCCACAUCUCUUGCUGACGACGCAUCAUCUCAACACAGCUCUGACCAAUCGGACACAAGGACCGAACACUCUCAUGACGACGUGGGUGACAGAGCCCCUAAACGUGGUACCAGCGUUAAGGCAACCAAGAAACCAGCUGCUGUUAAGACGGAGACUCAAACAAAGGCAGCGAAGAAGCCAACAAAGAAAAAGACCACAUCUAAUACUGCAGAGACGCCACCCUGAGGCCUGCUGUCCUCAUCCACCUGCCUACACUCGCUCCACCAACAGCCUGCAGGCUCUUCCUCUGUUUGGUCUCCACAAACACACCUAUAUCAACAUAUCAAGCACCAAAAUUGUGUCACUCCUGGUGGGUUCUUUUUAGAGCAAAGUGCAGGUUUAGUCUUUAGUUGUAUGAGGCCACCUUAGGAUGGAAACGGUCCUUUUACUGAGUUGCUGCAUAUUUUAUCUGACUGACAUUUAUUUUAGUCUGAAGGUGGCUGGUAAUCUAAUUAUAAAAGCUCCUUUUCCUUUAACCUGUAGACAUAUAAGUAGGUCCCCACAGUAGCUGAUGGCCAUGUGCAGCUAUAGUCUCACUGAUCUUACUGACUGACUGACAUUGUGUUAUCAGCAGCUGUUGUUUGCUGAAGUAUUUCCAGUAGUUCACAUUAUUCAGUCCUCCUCCUCUAGAUCUGGGCCUCCUCUGUCUUUAGGCUGUUAAUUCAUGGUUCCACUUGUAAAAUGAUACAGCUCUUGCAGGCCACAGGACUCAUUUGGACCUUUCCCAUGAUGGUAGAAAGACUCAGUGUCAUCUUUGGAGCACAAACUGUUGGCUUGAAGUACAUUUUACUUGAGCUCCCCCUCCUUUUUUACCAGGAAGUAAGAGGGCAGUGAGCUCAGCUUUAAGCCUGCAUCAACCAGUAGUUACAGACAUCCUUAUUCCUGUUUCAGCCCUCAUCAU